AUGACCUUGGCCCAGUCUCUUCCUCUAGAAAAUGGAGGGUCUGAGCUGCCCCUGGGGUGGGAGAGGGUCUGUGGGCUUAUGCCCGUCGGGCUGCAGGCCGAUGGCUCCCCCCCCCCGGGGAUGGAAGUGAGGGUCGGGAGCCCCGAGUCAGGCCUCUGCGGAGGCCCGGAGGCCCGGGGAGGGUGGAGGCCACUCGGGGAGUCCCGGGGGCUGCCGCGGGGCGCCUUACCUCGCCGGCCCGUCCAGGAGGGCCGCGCCGGCUGCCAGAGGAGGAGGAAGGGCGCCGGCCUCUCCGGGCAGGCUCUGGAUCAGGGCCUGCGAGCUCCCUUCAGGAACUUAAAUGGGCAAAGCGGCCUCCAGGGGCGGGACGAGUCCUCGCCUUCCCCAGGGGCCCCCCAAAAGCGGUCGAUCGCUACUUCCCCGGAAGGGGCCCGGGGCGUUCCUGGGGACAGCACUGGAGCCCUGGAAGGCCUCAAGCCUGACCUCCAUCCCCCCGGUGGACCCCAGCCGGAUAUCCCACAAUGCCCGGCGCCCCCUGGUGGGGACACGGCCGAGCACAGGGCAGGCUCCUGCCAGGGGCCACGGGCUGGGCCGGGUCAGUCCCCCAAACCCCCCCACACCCUCCCCUUCCCCGCCCCCCCUCCCCGGCCGGCGCGAGCCCAGGACAGGCAACAAAGCACGGGUGGCGGCUACGGGCACAAUUUAUUCCACAUCAUGCAGAAGCCGCGGCCCCCAGCCCGGGGGGCUCCGAAGGGAUACACGGAAUCGCACGGGUGUCCCCGGCCCCCCCUUGUAACAGAGAGACGCUUGGCCGGAGGAGCAGCGCCCCGCAGUCCCAGGCCAGGCGGCAGCAGCAGCAGCAGUGGGGGGAGGGGCCUCGGACCCAGGACGGACCCCGAACCCCGUCUGUCCCCCCGGCCUGGGCCCCGAGGGGAUUGGCGGGGGGCCUCGAGGAGACUCAGUUUCGAGGGGGGCCCCGUCCGCCCCGCCACGAGCCCCGCCGCCGAGGACCCCGACGGCCGGAGAGCCGGGGAGCGCGAGCGUCCUCCGAGGCCCAGCGGGGCCUGA